AUAAAGUGGAAGGCAGGGGAAGGCAGAGGAAGGAGGACGGGAGGGAGAACCGUUAGCCGUUAGCCGUUAGCCUCCUUCUACUCCUCCUCCUUCUUCUUCAUUGCGUGAACGUUGUUGUUGUGUUUGUCUCGUGCCCUCCUGUCCUGUCCUGUCCUCCCCUGUCCUCUUCUUCUCCUCUCCUCUCAUCUGUCCUCUUCCUUCUUCUCCUACACUUUCUCCCGAUGAGUUCCUAUUUUGUCAACUCCUCUUUCCCGGUGUCGCUACCGGGAACGGGUGGAGGAGGGCAGGCGGCGGAGUCGUUCCUGGGUCAGAUCCCGCUCUAUUCGUCGGGAUACGCCGCCGACCACCCGCUCAGGCACUACCCGGCAGCAGCCGUUUCCGCUGCCGCGGCCGUGGCUUACGGCGCGAGCGGCGGCGUGCACCAGGAGAAACCGUAUUCUGCAUCCUCCUACUACCAACAGGCGGCGAACGGAGCGUACGGCGGGCACCGGGCAGGGGCAGGGGUCGGCGUAGGGGGCGCAACCGGAGCCGGUGCCUGCGACUACGCCACGGCGGCGGCAGCAGCGGCGGCUGCAGCUGCUGCCACAAGCUUCUACCGGGACAAGGAGCACCCGUGCAGCCUGGAAGAGCACCAGCUCGCGCUGAGCCAGGACGGCUUGCACCGUAAAGCGGAGUGCGCGGGGCUGAGUGGGAAAGUGCUGUUUGGAGAAACGCUGGACGACAAGCAAUCGGCGUCAACCCCAAUUUAUCCGUGGAUGCAGCGGAUGAACGCGUGCAACGGGACAUUCGGCAGCCCCGGGAGGCGGGGGCGACAGACGUACACGCGCUACCAGACCCUCGAGCUGGAGAAGGAGUUCCACUUCAACCGGUACCUCACGCGGCGGCGACGGAUCGAAAUCGCGCACGCGCUCUGCCUCACGGAGCGACAGAUCAAGAUCUGGUUCCAGAACCGGAGGAUGAAGUGGAAGAAGGAGAACAAGCUGAUCAACUCCUCUUCUUCCUCGACGUCCUCCUCGUCCUCCUCCUCGUCCUCCACAGCGAACGGUGCAGAGGAAGAGGAGAAACGGGCAGAGUGAAAGAGGAGAAACAAACUGAUGUAAGACACAGAAAAGAGGAAGAGGAGGAUGAAAGAAAAGACAUGCUUGUUAAUCCCUUCCCCUCCCCGUCUCAAAGUUCGUCCAGGCGUUUGCCUGGUCUGAAAACUCUGGGAAAAAGUAGCCUACAUUUUAUUUUUAUUUUUUACAGGAGCAGAAGUUAAACAUGUAGCCUACUAGAGAAAAAAGAGGGAGAAGAAGACUCUUUUUGAUCCCUCGAAUAUCGCCACCCACCAAAAAUCCAAAUGUUUCUAUAGGCUAUUUGCCUUUUUGUCUGGUCUGAAAAUUAAGAAAUAAUUUGUAAAAGACUCUUGAGAGAGAACAGUUUGACUGUGGAAAAAACAUAUACACUUAAUAGGCUAGAUGGUGGUGGCAUCCAACGUGUAGGCUUAAAAGAAAUAAGUAACGCGCCACCCAACGGCCACAAACUGUUUAAAGACCCAAUUUCUUGUUGCAUUCCAAGAAACCACCUAAAAUCGUAGUUUUUAUUUUUGUCAAAUGUACUUCCUGUCUGGCAGGCACUUGUUCUGAAGCUUUAGGACUCGACUCCGGGCUGUUCUCCCCCCGAUGUAUUUUUUUUCCUGAUUUUGUUAACGUGUUGUGUGCAUUAUAACUUCAAUUGAAAGCGCUCACACACACCACAAUGUGGGGAGGAGAGCACUUGGAGAAGUGUAUGUAUGUCUUAUGGUGUUCAUAUUUAAACUGUAUAGAAAUAAGCAAA